CUUUUUGCUAUAUUUCCGCAAUUUCUCCCCUGACACCUAUUUUGACUGACUCUGGGGCCUCGAAGUCUGUUGCCAAUAUUAGCCGACCCGACAUUCGUGGUCUAUUACGUGGCAGCCCCGGGAACCACGUCUCCGCAUAUUCCCCUCAUGAUGAUCCAUGUUUCUACCUAACGAGGCUCUUUUGAUUUCUAGUUUGACUUUGGCGUGCAUGCAGGUGGCUUAUGUCUGCGAUAGAACCCUCGGAAUCCCCGGCUCCUAGUGGUCAUGGGGAGGCCCAGCCGGCCGUUCACAACGAUCCUAGUUCGACUGAACAAGUGAGCUCGACUAGCCUCGAGCCUGCCGCGGAGCAACAGGAUGACCCCUCAGAAGUGCCGAUGACCAGCCAAAAAGCGCAACACGGCGACAUGGAGGAGAGCGCUCAGGGCGAAGCGCAGGCCACCAUUACGGAGUCCCCAAGCACGAUGCCGAUACCGUCCGCCACAGAUCCCUCGAACCCUGUGUUGCCUCCCCGGGAAUCGCUUCCGGAGCGGAUGAAGGGGCUUUCUAUCACCACGACGGCAAGACCGGAGCCUGCCACGUCGCCAAAUGUUGAAAUCCCUCCUACACCCCCAGCGAAAGAUGAACUUUAUGUGUCCUCAAACCCUCACUCCGCGAUUACACACUCGCCCGCGAUCGAAUUGACUGAUAAGGAGUUGCCGGAGGUGCCUGAAAAUGACCGGGAUGGGAGGAAGAAUACUGCUGGUGGUGACAAUGACUCCCAAUCGGAGAUCCAGAGCAUUAUGGACCAAUUUCAAGACUCUACGCGCGGUGAUGGACAGGAACAGAUUAUGUCUCCCCGCCUGGAAUUAGCCGAGCAGUUCCUGGGUGGACAAAGCCACUUUCCCCCUCGUCAGUCAAGCCUAGAUCAUAGUAAGUCGGCGGCUGACGACUCGCGCAUGCCCAAGUCUGCGACAGGGGUAUCUUCCGUCUCGGCUGAGAAACAACCCGCGAAGGCUCCCAAGAGUUCUGCCGCCGACGAGGCCAAGUUAAGUCGGCGUUCGUCGACAUCGACAAUCCCUCCGCCACCCGAGCCUGAGCCAGAUCAACCUUUUGAUUUCCAUCGCUUCUUAGAGCAACUGCGUCACCGUACUGCGGACCCGGUUGCCAAGUUCCUACGCUCAUUUCUCCAUGAGUUCGGGAAGCGACAAUGGAUGGUUCAUGAACAAGUCAAGAUUAUCAGCGAUUUCUUGGUGUUCAUCACCAACAAAAUGGCUCAGUGUGAAGUAUGGCGCGAUGUGUCCGACAGCGAAUUUGACAACGCCAAGGAGGGGAUGGAGAAGCUCGUAAUGAAUAGACUAUAUUCCCAAACCUUUUCCCCAGCUAUUCCGGGUCCGCCCACAAUUCCGCGAAGUGCGAGUAGAAGCAAAAGGCGUGAGAUGGAGAGGAUGCAUGGUCCAUGGAGACGAGGGCAGCAUCAGGAAGAUAUCGAGCGAGACGAAGUUCUCGCUCAGAAGAUGCGGAUUUACAGCUGGGUUAAAGAAGAGCAUCUGGACAUACCGCCAGUGAGCUCUCACGGUCGUCGUUUUCUGAAUUUAGCUCAGCAGGAAUUGUUGAAAAUCAACGGCUAUCGGGCUCCUCGCGAUAAAGUUAUCUGCAUACUGAACUGCUGCAAAGUCAUCUUCGGUUUACUGAGGAACUCUAAAAGAUCUGACACGUCUGCCGAUUCUUUCGUGCCGCUAUUGAUCUACGUGGUGCUGCAGGCCAAUCCCGAACAUCUAGUAUCGAACAUACAAUAUAUCCUGCGGUUCCGCAACCAGGAUAAACUCGGAGGGGAAGCUGGGUACUACUUAUCAUCACUGUCGGGAGCGAUCCAAUUCAUCGAAACACUAGACCGAACGAGCCUAACAGUGAGCGAUGAAGAAUUCGAGCGAAGCGUUGAAGCCGCCGUAUCGGCUAUUGCCCAGCAAAACCGCGAGUCGGAGACCUUGGAGCGCCAAAGCUCAGGCCGCUCCGGCGAAGGCUCUCAAUCCGCGCCACGAAGCUCUGCUGACACGCAACGCACGGCCGUGCGCAAGGAGACAUCGCAGUCUAGCGAUGAAGAUUCGGCCCCGGUAGCAGGGCUUCUGCGGACCAUUCAGAAACCAUUGUCGACCAUUGGAAGGAUUUUCUCUGAUGAGCCAGACUCCCCUCAAGAUCGGCCUGCGCAGUCUGCGGCGUCGCCACGACUGACUCCGAACGUGUAUCAGCCACCCCGUAAUAGCAGUGAAGGCCGGCGAUCGGCGGAGAGGCCACGCAGUGCAGCCUCUCCACAGGUUCCCAGGUCGGAUGCUCAAGAUGCUGCUGCGCGUCAGGCCAGUGCGGAGGAUGCAGAGGCACGGAGAAUCCAUCGUGCAGAGCACAACAACGUCGUAGAGACGCUGUGUAAUAUGUUCCCUAACCUUGACCGCGAUGUUAUUGAUGAUGUGGUCAAGAUCAAGGGGGGAAGGGUUGGUUUGGCAGUAGACGCGUGCCUUGCUCUUAGUGCUGAGUGAACGGAGUAUGGUGGAAGUCGGUCAAGGACAGGCAAUUACAUUGAGAGGAUUGACUUUCGGGGUUAUACUCCUUAUUCAUUUGUACUGUGACCGAUCAUGUACUUAUUGCCUGGGCUAUUGCAUAUAUUAAUACUGCUAAAUGGUAGCCAUACCACACAGAAAUAACUAGACUACCGAACAGGAUUUCUACAGAGAUCAGCCGCUCACUCAGCGGCCCGGGGCAUAUUAGUGUGUCCUGAGCCACUCGGCAUGACUGGAUAAGUAUACCACACCACCAGGAGAGUGAAAACUAGCAAUCAUCAAGGCACUCCCUUC